AUGGCAUGGCUGGCCUGGCCUCUGCCCGCCGGCCCCUGCAACAGAGCCCUGGAGACCAACACUUCCAGAAAGAAAGAUUUGAUCAGAAGUGAGUUUUUGGAAAUUAAAGCUUUAAUUGAAGAAAAAGAAAAUCAAACCAUAAAGCUAAUUACAGAUGAAGAAAAAAGAGUUUGCAAUAAGUUUGAUUAUAUUUAUGGUAUUCUGAGAAGUAAGAAGAAGGAAAUUCAGUCUCUCAGAGACCAGAUUGAGAUGGCACUGACUGAAAGCGAUGACAUUCUCUUUUUGAAGAGAGCAGCAGCACUGCAACAAACAUCAACAAAAGAUGCUUUUGUCCCUGUAAUUGAAAUGGACCAAAACUUGAUACAUUCCACUUAUCAGUCUGCCAUUAACCUUAAAGACGCUGUGAAACUUUCAGUGACUUCUUGUAGGGAGAAGAAAGCGGAAGAGGAGAAAAAGAAACCUGUUAAAGUCGCACCAACCACGGGAACAGUAACUGCUGCAGCUGCCGUUUCAAGUAAAGAACUUAUUGACAGCUUUCUGAAGAAAUCCAGAGAGGAGCUUUUGCAGUAUGCUGCUAACAUCACGCUGGAUUACAACACAGCUCACAACAAAGUGAUGCUGUCUGAGAGAUACACCAGGAUGUCCGUCUCGGACGUGCCCCUGAAUUAUAACUACCACCCUCAGCGCUUCACCGAUUGUUUCCAAGUGCUGGGGUUCCAGUGCUUCAAGAGAGGCAUCCACUACUGGGAAGUGGAAAUGCAGCAGAACAACUUCUGUGGCAUUGGCAUCUGCUACGGCAGCAUGGAGCGGCAGGGGCCAGAGAGCCGCCUGGGGAGGAACAGCAGUUCUUGGUGUAUUGAGUGGUUUAAUUCCAAAAUAUCAUCCUGGCACAAUGAUGUUGAGAAGUGCUUACCCAAUGUGAAGGCUACUAAGAUUGGUGUGCUGCUCCACUGCGAGGGAGGGUUUGUGAUUUUCAUGGCUGUUGGGGAGAAGCAUAACUUGAUCUAUAAAUUCAAAGCCCAGUUUGCUGAAGCCUUGUACCCUGCCUUCUGGUUAUUUUCCAGUGGCACUGUUCUCUCUCUCUGCCAAGUGAAACAAUAA